ACUUUAAAGGGUGUAAAACCUGGGUAGAGAAUCCAGAGAGAAGAGCAGCAUAUCUUUUGUGCAGAAUGGAAUGUUUCGAAAGAGCAUCACCGGCUUUGAAGGAAAUACUACUCAGAAUACACCGUGCAGAAAAGGCCAUAGAGGUCGAUCAUCACUUGUAUGAAUUCGGAUCUGUGGAAUACUACAUUCAGUCUUCAGCAUCUGAUCCACAGUAUACCUACCUAUCAAUUUCAACUCCACUGCUGUCCCCAGGAGUUCUGUUGUCACAUGGUCUUUCACAAUAUACCAUACAGACAAUUAAAGGAAUUUCUCCUGAUGUUCUGGAGAUUGUUGAACCUGCAAAAGAAGGAUACCAACUUACACUACGCCUUAAUUUAGCCAAGAUUCCACAUGGAAAAGACCCUGUAAAGGUAAUCAAAGAAAUUUCAUCAGUGCAAGCAGUGAUACUAAGUUCUCAGCUGAAGGAAAUGCUACAGAGUAUGAAUUCCCAGGAAAUAUCUCAGGGGACAUACAAAGCAAUCAAACUGGUCUAUCACCCUAGAGAACCAUUCUAUGUCAUCAGACAGCCUCAAAAGAUAAUAGCAGUGUUUCCAAUGCGUUUCAAAGAACAUUCUGAUGUCACUAUUGCAGCAGCCUUCUUUCAGGAACUCAUGGAAGUGGGAAGCUCAAAAGAAUUGGCUAAAGCACCUCCUUGCUGCUGGUCACCAAUUCCUCCUCCAGAACUUAGAGGAGAACCUUUUGAAGAUUUGAGCACCAAUGGAGGAUUUGUCUCUUUUUAUAUAUCUUCAAGUCAUAUUGAAGGUAAAAAGCUAGACAAGACAGUCUGGAAUCUAUUGAAUUUCUAUGCCUAUGUGAAACACCACAUAAAGUGUACUAGGGGUUUUAUACAACGAAAGAUGAGAAAGCGCUUGGAAAGCUUAGUAGAGGUUCUGCAUACGGCAAACAAAGAAGAAGACAAACACACUGCAAAACCUCAAGAAAAUGCAGGAUGCAAGAAAAUGAGAACAAUGGUCAGGUUAUCAAAAUCUAGAAUUCUCAAACCAGGAUGUGCUGAUUUCACAAGGAAGAUGAGACAAAUCCGCUUCCGGAUUAAGAUUCAUGGGUUUGGUCGUUUUCAUCGGAGAUGGUUGACAAUCCCAAAGUUCUCUUCUUCCAAGGGUUAUACUAAAUUAGAGUGAUUUACUUCUCAUGUUUGUCACCUCACUUUGAGACCUUGUUUCCAUGGAUUAUAACUAAGUAAUUGGAUACUAUUAAUGAAAAAAUAAGGUAAACCAAUAUAUUAUGCCAUCCUAU